AUGCAGACCAGCUGCCUGAGUGCCGCCGAGCGAGACGCAGCAGCGGCGGCGAACGCGCUGCAGGGCGCGCGCAAGCGGGCUGAGAGGUACGGCCGCAGACGCCUCCUCACCGCCUCCUCCCCUGCGGAGCCGGCGCUGCCGCCUGCCGAGUCGUCGUCGUCGCCGCGCCGGCUCUACUCUCCGCGCGACCGCGCUUUGCUGAUCAUCUACACGACAGUCGCCAUUGACAUGCUCGGCUCGGCGCUCACGGUCCCGGUAAUGCCUUUUCUGGUAGAGGCGCUCGGCGGCGACGCCUCGAGCCUCGGCCUCCUCUUCUCCACCUUCGCCGUCGCUCAGAUCGGGGCGGGGCUCUGGAUGGGAGCCGCCUCCGAUCGACUCGGCCGCAGACCCAUCCUCCUCGUCUCGCUCGCUGGCUCCGCCGUGGGCAUGCUGGGCUCUGCGCAGGCGCCAACCUUCCGCGCGCUGCUCGGCUGGCGCUUCCUGCUCGGCGCCUUCUCCGGCACCUCCGCCACCGCCAACGCGUACAUCGCAGACAUCACCGCGCCAUCCGAGCGGCCCAAGCUCAUGUCGUGGAUCGGAGUCAUCGCCUCGCUCUGCUUCAUGUUUGGGCCUGGCGUCGGCACGCGCCUCUCCGAGAGCUGCGCGUGCGGGGCGGUGCGCGCGCCCUUCUACGUCGGCGCCGCCGUCGGCUUCGCCGCGCUGCUCGUCGCCCUCUUCCAGCUGCCUCCGGCCGAGCAGUCGGGCGGCCUCGCCUCGCCGCCUCGCGCCGCCGCCCCGCCGAAAGGGGCGAGGCCGGCGCUUGCGCGGCGCGCGUCGUCCGAGCAGCAGCCGGAGGCGACGCGCUGGCGUGUGGUGGUGGUGGUUGGGCUGGGCUCCUUCCUCUCCAACACGGCCUCCUCCUGCCUGAUGACGUGCCAAGCCUUGCUCACCCUUCGCACCCUCGCCUACGACUGGCUGCAGCGCAAGCUCGGCCUGAUGCGCUGCGCUAGCUUCGGGGCACUGCUCUCGACGGCAGCCUACACUGGCUACUCGCUGGUGCGGCGGCCCGCAGGCUUCGAGUGGCGUUUCGCCCUCUUCGCCGCCUCGGCCGCGUGCGGCACCACGGGCAUGAUCCUCACGAGCGGCUCCGUCGCGCCCUUCCUCUCGCGCCUCUCCUCCAAGGAGGCGAUGGGCCGCGUGAUGGCGGUCGCCUCUGUCACCGCCUCCGCCGGCCGCGUGAUCGGUCCUCCGCUCUACGGCCGGCUCUACGUUCUCGAGCAGCCGCUGCCCUACCGCGUCGCCGCCGCCUUUGCCGCCGCCGCCGCGGUGGGCUACGUGGUCGCGCAGCGGCUGUACGUGGUCGCGCGCUGCAUUGCCAAGGGCGGGCGCCUGCACGCGGCACCGCCGCCACGGUCCGCCCUCGCCCCGGCGGACGAGGCGGCGCUGGGCGAGCUGCAGGCGAUGCUACGCGAGCUGCUGGUGGCGCGCGGCUACGCGAUCGCGGCGUCGCGGCUCCAGCUGGCGGCGGCGCUCGAGGCGGCUUUCCCCGGCCUGUCUCCUGCCGCGGACCCGGAGGCGGUCGGCGGUCGCAAGGGCGUUGGCGCUUUCCGCGGGGAGGGGCGCGACCCGGAGGGGGCGGAGGAGGAGGAGGAGCCGCUCGAGGCGACCGUGCACCACUCCGCGGCGCACCACCACCACACGUGCGUGCACGAACGGGAGCGGGCGUGA